UCUGAGAGAGAGAUCUAAGGACAAGUGUAGAUAGAUUUUGCAAAAGUAGGUUAAAGUGAAUUGUGAGAGCAAAAGGGAGAGGAAUGUGGGGGCUGAAAAUAUCUCAAGCACCAUGGCAACUGCUCUACCAUACACAAUUCAUAAACUAAUGCUUAUUCUCUCUCACUACCUACCUAUUUUAAGUAAACUCUCUCUCUCUCUCUCUCUCUCUAUCCUCCAUUGCAGCAUAUUCCCAAAGCUUUCAUCUUGUCUCAUCUCCCCCAUGCCCAAAACCCUAUGAUUCAUACACUGCUCAAAUUUCAACUCUCUUGGACUCAUCCAUUCUUGAAAGCUAGUUAGGAAAAUGACUGAUCUUGUCUCUAUCUCUCUCUCUCACUCAUUUGUACUGUUGUUCAUCUGAUUAAAUCUUGAUGAUAUAUAGUCAUCCUCACUAAUCCCAAUCUUGUCUAGCUUGAUCUAUCCCCAUUUCAAGAAAAUCCCAGAAACCAAUACCCUUUCAGCCAAAAUCCCCAGCAAAUUAAAGUUUUCUCCAGCCCACUGGGACAAGCUAGCAAAAGAUUCCCUUUUUCUUGUUCCUGUGAGUUAAAGAAAUUAAAAUCCAAGAAUUUGAAGCUAGCCAUGGAUCCAUUUGGCAGCAGGGUGAAAGAAGAGAUGAUGGGGUGGAGUAGUUCUUCUUUGUCUGUCAACGAGGAUUGUUUCGACAUGUCCGAGGAUAACCAUAACCAUGACAGUAGUGUUCCUCAGCCCUUGGAGGGGCUUCAUGACACUGGCCCUCCACCAUUCCUCACAAAAACUUAUGACCUCGUGGAGGAUCCGACAACCAACGACAUCAUUUCUUGGAGUGGAGGCAACAACAGCUUCAUCGUUUGGGAUCCCAGGAACUUCGCCACCAAUCUCCUUCCUAGGUACUUCAAACACAACAAUUUCUCCAGCUUUGUACGCCAGCUCAACACUUAUGGAUUCAGGAAGGUUAAUCCAGACAAAUGGGAGUUUGCGAAUGAAGGAUUCUUGAGAGGGCAAAGGCACUUACUGAGAACCAUUAGGAGGAGGAAGACACCUCCACAGACCCAAUUGCAAGCUUCUGGGCAAGGAGGCGGCUUAGAGUGUUGUGUUGAGGUGGGAAGAUUUGGAUUCGAGGGCGAAGUUGAUCGAUUGAAACGCGACAAGGAAGUUCUUAUGAUGGAAUUAGUGAAGCUCAGACAAAACCAGCAGACCACCAAAGCCUGCCUGAAAGCCAUGGAGCAAAAGAUCAAAGGAACAGAAGUUAAGCAGCAGCAGAUGAUGAGUUUCUUGGCGAAGGCGAUGAAGAACCCAGACUUCAUGCACCAGAUAAUGCAGCAAAGGGAGAGGAGGAAAGAGCUUGCAGAAGCCAUCAGUAACAAGAGGAGGAGGCCUAUUGAUCAAGGCCCCAGCAAUUUGACUACUGCUCAUAAUGAUCUUCAAGGUUUUGGAGGUGUUUCUGGGUAUGGUAGCUUGGAGUUGGAAGAGCUUGCAAUGUCCAUGGAAGAACCAGGGAGUUCUGGUAAUAUGAUGAUGAACUUGAAUCAAGAAUGUGGUGGUGGAGGAGGAGGGGGUAAGGGGCCUGAUGAUGAAGGGUUUUGGGAAGACUUGUUGAAUGAUAGUAAUAAGCUGAUUGAAGAAGAGAUUGGAUUGCUAAGUUUUGGAGAUGAUAGAGCAUAUGAUGAUGAUUAAAUAACAUCUGCACAUGGACAUAGUGUCUUUAUAAGAUAAUGUAAAAGUCCAAACUGAAUUAACAGUCAGACUGUAUGUCUAUUUUUACGUAUAUUAUCUCGAUGACAUUCGAGUUCCAGAUUAUGGUAUUCAAAUGUGAUUAUCUGUGCUAGUUUAUUUAUCAUAUAACACGUGAAAGUCCAAACUGAA